AAAAAAUGUGGUCCUUGUAGACGGGUGGUCACUAAAGCAGGUUCGACUGUACUACCAAUUCAUCACCUUGAUGAAGAGUGUCAAAUAUAGAUUGACAAAGAAUACCUGUGCAGCACCGGGCCUUGAACCCAUGGCCUACGUAUCUCCAAUCAAGUGUUUAAACCACUCAACAGCAGUUUUUUUUAAACAUCUUUUCUGUGUGAACAUGGUGUAGUACGAUAACCGUAUAACUGAGCAGGGCUUAUGACUCUCCGCCAACAUGACUUGCCAGCUUCAACUUGAUGUGGCCAUGGAAAAAAUACAACCCUUAACGUGUUAUGGAAGAAACUCCCCCUUUUUUCUUUAGAUUGUGUUCAUACAUAUAGUUGUAACAAACAAUGUGUAUGCCUCUUUUGCUUGACAGUUUUACAGUUAUUCACUUCAUAAAGUUAUAUGUGUAUCUCUCGUACAAAAGAGCGUUAGCCUCUCACUCUCUGCAGAGAGUUGCCCAACGUCCACUUCAUAUGAUACACUCUCCACACUUAGCCUUUAACAUUUAGCCAUGUAUUAGUAACGCAUCGCUCUUGGGUUAAGGGCUUACAUGUAUGGACCUACGAGCUGGAGCCAUAGCGGUGAAGGGGAAGUGUUUGGGUACCCCUUCUUUGGUUAAGAGACGAUCUGCCCUGCUGAGUAAUAAGGCGUGUAGUCCGUGGUCUGACAGGAAUUGGGAAGAUUCUAAUCUGGAGUUGUAAAUCCUCAGAGUGAAGAAGAGAUUGUCAGUUUAGAUUCAAAGACAGUUUAGAUUCCAUCUUGGCUAGUCCUCCAUGUAUACCCGAAGAGCUAACCAAGGAUACAUGUCGCACACACCGGUUUGAAACGAUUAUACAACAACCAGGAGGACUUGGGCCGGGUUAAAGGAUUUGGAUUUGUUGUGGUCAUUCUUUCGCCUUGCAUUGCUAUAGUUACAAAUCAAAAUGGCUGCUAUGUGUUGAAGCUUGUGAACUAUUCAGCAGAAGUCUAACUUUUUAUGUAGUACAAGGAUUAUGAUUGGGUCUAAGCUAAGCUCCCUUUUUGGGAUGGAUAAAACCAGCAAUCAGGGUGGCAAUGAGUCGCUGACAUUCACAGCACCAAAACAGCCUAAGAAAUCCAAAGAUCAACAGCAACAACAGCAACCACAGCAAACACAAGGUCAAGGGGGCCAGUCAGCAUUACUUCUAGCAGUAGCAGUUCAUGCAUAUAGAUUUUCAAAUGGCACAUAUAUCAAACACGGGAAGCUUGGUGCUGCCAUCCUGGGCAACCACACAGCUAAUGAUUAUAAGAUACUUCUAUACAUCAGCAAACAACAGCAGGUCACACACGCAAGGAUAUCUCCCACAUUUGCCUUCACAGUACAAGCUAAUAACUAUGCAACAUUUUAUGAUGAACAGAGACAAAACUGGUCGAUAAUGUUUGAAUCAGAACAGAAUGCUAUAGACUUUGCAAAACAGGUUGGUCUAGCCAAAGUGAACAGUGCAGGUAGUGCGUCCAAGUCCUUGGUCUUCCAAGAUCUGACCAUCGGUCUGGGGGACGCUGUCCAGAGUGGCGACUCGGUAGAAGUCAAAUACACAGGCUGGCUGUAUUCCAGCAGGUCAUUCGGAGAUGUAUUUGACAGUAAUACCAGUGUAGACAAACCAUUCCGCUUCAAGAUCGGCAAAGGCAAAGUGAUAAAGGGCUGGGAGGAAGGCGUGGUUGGUAUGAAGAAGAAUGGGCGUCGGUUACUCAUCGUCCCACCCCCACUGGCGUAUGGCAAGAAGGGGCUCGGCUCAAGGAUACCACCCAAUUCAACUCUUCUCUUUGAUGUAGAAAUUAAGAAGCUUAAAUUUUCAAGAGAUAAGGAAGAAAGUGGUUCACUAUCUUCAGAUGCCACAGAUGGCUUGAGGUCGGAGGAGAGGGUCGGGUCACCAAAGGUUGGAAGGUCGAGAGGAGGAGAUGUUUCAAGUGACAAUGAAAGCAGAAUAAAGCACAACAACAACUCAGAAUCACAACUGUCAACGAGUCCCUCAUCAAGUAAAGCCAAAUUGAUCUCCCGUAUGGCCAAGAUGGGACAACCCAUGCUGCCGCUCGCUGGCGGGGUCGUAGCCCAUGAUAGCACAGACUCAGAAGCAGAUGAGGCAAGCGCAUCAGACACAGGGGGCAUGUCACCCUCGGGUCACCCAAACAUGAUGGCCAAGAAGGCCAUGAAGGUGCCCAAGAAGAUGCACAACAACCACACCAAUAACUUCCAGUCUGAUAUGGGCCAUGGUAUGCACAACCAACUACCAAGGCCUGGCGACCCUGGAGAAAUGGAGGAAUAUCCCAACUUUGAAGAAUUCCCUGACCCUACUACCGGAAAAACAGUUCACCAGGUAGCCAUUUAUAACCCACAGUCAGCCCAGCACAACCAAUCUCAGCCUAUGCCACCAGGCCAAGGCCACCUAGGACACCAAGCCCAGGCCGGCGGGAUGGGCAUGCAACAUGGUCAGCAACCACUACCGAACUAUCCCUUGCAUCAGCAACAGCAGCAACAAUCACAGCAGCAACACACGUAUUACCAACCCCCACAACACAUCCCCUCGCAGAACCAAGGACAGAACCCCAUGCAGCAGCACCAGAUGGCGCCCUACCCCAACCUGGCCAACCAGCAAGCGCUCGUCACCCAGCAGCAGAUGACAGACAUGCAGAUGGUACCCAUCGUCCUGUCCGAGGCCCGGCAGCACCACUCCGACAUCCGGUCGGCGGUCGGGAAGGUGUCGGAUCGCAUCGACGACCUCUGUAAAAAGGUCAACGACAUCCAGCCGACCCCAUCCCAGCCGGCGUUGCCUAGCAACCAGGCAAUGGAAGCGACAGUCCUGAUGUCGAACAUCUCACGCAUCGUGCAGGAGAACGAGAGGCUCAAGGAUGAGGUUUACGACAAGAAUACGAGGAUCGAGAAACAGAAUAACAAGAUUUCAGAGUUGCUACAGAAGAACCAGCUGCAUAAUUCCAAAGGAGUGAAUCACGAUGGCCUGCCUAAGAAGUACGUGGAGCAGAGCAACUCGCUGAUGGAGAAGACCAACGACUCGUUCAAGCUGACGGCAACCCAGUCCCAGCAACGGGUCCUGGAACUGGAACAGGAGAAGGUUCAGAUGACCUCUGAGUUGACCAAUGCGACCUCAAAGAUCAGUUCGCUACAGAUGGAGCUGUCCAAUGUCCAACAGAGAGAGGGCCAGCUCCGAGCACAACUGAACGGCGCCAUCAACAACAAACAUGAAAACCUGGGAGAGCUGGAUCAACUCAGGCAACAACUCAAAGACAACGACAACAAGUACACGGAGGUCCUGAAGGCGCUCAAGGAUGAGAGGCAGCUCAAGAAGCAGCUGGAGAACAAGGUCACAACCAUGGAGGAGGAGCUCUCCGAGAUGAAGAUGGAGAGGGAUUCCAUCGAGAAGAAUCUGUUAGAAAGGAAGAGAAAGGCAGCAGCAGAAAAACAGAAAUCGGAAGAGGAUAUAGAUGAUAUCAAAAGAUCAUUUGAGGAUGAGAUCUUACAAUUGAAGAGUAAAAUCAGGCACCAGAAAACAUCUACGGAUGCUGCUACAGCAGAACAGGUCUCUCAGGUGGAGAGGGAGCUAGAGACCCAAUGGAGGGAGCGUUCUGAUCGACUCCUUCUCCAAGCCAAAGAGAAGCACGAGAGAGAGAUGGAAGAUGCAAGAGAUGAGAAGGAACAAAUCAAGAGAAAACUGGCUGCCACUGAAACAAAGAUGCUAAACGUCAGAGCUAAUGACGAUAACAAAGAUGAGGUGGAAGGCCUCCAGAAGCAAGUCCAAGAAAUGGAAGUCUGGAAAGAGAAAUACGACAGCUUGCACUCGAGCGCAGUUAGCAUGAAGGAGCGAUACGAGACGAGGAUUAAGGAGCUUAUCCAGGAGAAAGCUGCAGCGGCCGCAUCAUCUGCUACCAUCGCACCAGCACCAACAAACAUUGUUGAUGAGGUCAAAAAGGUAAUGAACAACGUCUACCACUCUCUACGAGGCGAGAUCGACACCAGCGAGAACUACAAGGGUAACGAGGUCCUCAACAUCAUUAUGAAUACCAUCAAGAUGAUGAUGAUAAAGGUCAUGAAGGAAGCUGCGAAGAAAGGAGACCAAGAGGAAGGUGAUGAUGAAGAGGAGAGUGAAGAAGAAGAGGAAGAGGAGGAGGAAGAAGAGGAGGAUGAUGAGGAGGAAGAAGAGGAAGAAGUACCUGUAAAGGCACCUGUGAAGGAGACUGUUGCUAAAAAGGAAACUGCUGUGCCUGCCAUGUCUGCCCCUCCCUCCGGAAGUCCAGCCCCUUCAGCAGUACAGAGCACAAGCCCUCCACCACCACCAACAAUAGUCAUUGAGGAAGUUGUACAGAGGGAGGAUGAACAAGUGGUGGAAUCAGCCAGACAGCCUGAGGUAGAAGAGGUGAAAGAGGAAGAGGAAGAGGAGGAGCAGAAGAGGGAAGAGGAGAAGGAUGAAAUAGAUUCCUCCGAUGUUGCUCCGGCGGAAAUAUCCACAGAACCAACCAAAGUAGUAGUGGAUCAAGGAGAACGGGUACAAGAUGAAGAGAAGGAGGUAGAAGAACAAAGAGAAGAGGAUGACACUGAUGGAGGAUUGAGGGAUAGUACAAGGGUUGCGGAUAACAACACUAAUGAUCAGCAGGAAGAGGAGGAGGAAGAAGAGCAAGAGGAAGAGAGAGAGGAGGAGCAGGGGGAGGAUGAUGCGGAUGAUGAGGAGAGCCUCAAAGAUUCUAAGAAAGAUGAAGAUGAUGACUUCUGGUCUGCAGAGGGCUCAGAUGCUGAGGAAGAAGUUGAGAAACCCAGCAUUGUGGAGCCAUCUGGUCCCCCUAAGAUACCCCCUGAGCUACCCCCUGGGCUCCCACCAACCCAAGAGGAGGAUGCUGGUUACCUAGAUACAGGAGAAAAGCCACGGGCCCUCAGCAACAUCCCUGAUCUACCGGCAGAUCUCGAUGUGGGAGCGGAAGAGAAGCAAGAAGAAAUAGAGGAAGAGGAUGAUGAUGAUGAGCCUGAUCCAUUUGCCCCACCUGAACCUCCACCAGCAGAAGAAGAACCAGAAGAUGAUCAAGAGGAGGAGGAAGAAGAGGAGGAAGAGAAGAGUGCAGAUACCGGUCCUCUACCCACCGUCCUAGACAGAGAGCCCCCUGAACUCCCCCCAGAACUACCCCAAGAAGAUGAGGAGGACACCAGUAAGAAGACAAAGACCAAGAAAGAAGAUAUCAGUAGUGGGAUCUUCGGUGAUGAUGACGAUGACGACGGUCUGUUCUCCAUCCCUAUCUCGUCCACCAAGAAAGCUGCCAAGAAGAAGCCCACUCCAGCAAAGACCACAGUGAAACCAGCCGAAGACGAUGAUCCUUUCAAACCUGGACCACCCCCGCCCCUCUUUGGAGAUGACGAUGAUGAUGACCUGGAUUGGAUUAGCUGAUCUCGCAGCUUAAUCCUAAUCCAUUAAUCUCUUCAGUAUUUUGCAAUAGUAGUGAAUGGGCAAGUAUCCCUAAUAGAGCUGUACUGUAAUUCUAUAUCAUGGUUGUGAUUGUUAUGUGUUUUAAAGUUUAUGCGUAAGGAGGAUUAAAAGUUUCUAUUUUGUGAAGUGCUAAUGUCCUUAAUCUUUUCAUAACCAUCAUUGAGUGAAAAAUAAAAAAUAAAGUUUACAGUAAAUUCUGGUUCAUGUAUGGUUUCUGACAUAAGUAGUUGACAAAGGCACUCAUAAUAUUUUGUUGUAACAUUGCAGUACUUGUGCUUAAAAUUUGUGAAAGUUGGGAUUUUUUAAAACAUCAACUUCUAGUCAUUUGAAAAUCAGUACUAAACAUUUUUUGGUACUCUUUUUUUUAUAUGAAGUGGAUAUAGAGCCGGAUGGAUUGUGGAAAAAUUAUUUGUGAAUUUCUUCUAAUUCUCUUUUGUCAUUUGUUUUUUUCUGAAAAAUGUUUUUUUUUUUACUGUGAGUCCACGAUGUCUUAGUUGUGUCAAUAUUUUGUUGUUAGGCCAGAUUUCCAUUAAGAAGUUUUUCAAAUUAAAAAGUCACCACCUUUUUCUUAAUACUAAUAGGAAUAUUACUCACAAAUCUGUGGUUUAACAAUUGCUUCUUUUUUUAUUUGCAUGUUUGAUGUAUGUAAUGGUGUUUGUUCCAAGAAUUAUAACAAAGGAAUUAUAACAAAGGAACUAUAACAAAGGAACUAUAAAAAAGGAACUAUAAAAAAGGAAUUAUAAAAAAAUCAUAUAUAAUGCCUGCUUUUUUGACAUACAUGUAAAUAUAUAUUGCCCAAUCAAAUUUAAUGGACAACUUAUACAUUUAUAAAGUGAAAUUAAUUUUCAUAAUCGAAAUGCUCAUAUUACUUGUGUCUCUUUUAUGUUUGUUUGCAUUAAGUUGUGCUAUUACACUGAGACAAGUUCAUUUUCAUAUUUUCUCCUUCUUGUGAUAUUCAUGAAAGAAAUAUCAUGAUACCAGCAGUAUAAUUUAUAUAUUUGAUAAAUUUAUUUUCACAACUAAAUAUUUGUCAUUGAUUGAAUUCUGUUUCAUACUUCUAUCUCAAUAUAUCCAAUAUUCUUUAACAACCGUUGUAACUUCAUGUUAAAUGAAUCCUUGCAGAAACCUACAUGUACAUGUACAUGUAAUCCAAUACUGUUUCUUACAGAAUUUAUGAAUUUAUGAGUUUGUGAAUUUCAGUAGUAUGAACAUUUCAUAUCUAAUGGUUAUCUACAAGGAAGGACAAAAAUAUAUAUCAUAUUUGAGAAUUACUGUUUUCAUUCCCUUAUUGAGCUAAAAGUGAUUAGAGAUUGGAGCUUUUGUGAUACAUUUAUAAUCUAGAGCUUGAAGCUGAACAUUCCUAUUUAAAAAAAAAACAUUAUACUGAAAAAUUGCAUUAUGAGAAAGAAGUACAAUACAUGUUAGUUUCAAUUUAUUUUUACAAAAAGUUGUAAUAUUUGAACAUGAAACAACAAUAGCAUUAAUAUUUAUAUAUGAACUUUGUGAAGCAAUGACAAAAAAAAAUGUUUUGAAAAGAGAGGGAGAGAGAGAGAGUGGGUGUUGGUGUACUUUUAUUUGUUGCGUAUUAAUAUCACCUUAAUGUAAUUGUAUGUUUAAAUACUUCACAGCUUCUUUUUUAAACUAAAAUGAAUUAAUUCCAACUGAUGUUGUGAAGAUCUUGUAGACAUUUAAUAGGGAAUGAAUUUGCUAGAUAUGUGUUUACCCUUUGAUUACAUCUCUUAACAAGUGUUUUAUAGAAAAGAACAGAAAAUUAAUAAGAGCAUUGAAAUUUUAAGUUAGGAUGUAUGUGCCUUAUAUGAGAAAUAAAUUUGCAUACGUCAAGUUUUGUGCAACUUCUGUCGCCUACUUAAAUUGAGAUAUGAAUAGAAGUUAUGUCUUAAAAUGAUAUAUGUAACUGAAGUGGUAUGAAUGAAUAACCUUCUUUAAAUGAAGAAAUUUGCGGAAAAUAUACAUGCUGUCAUUAUGUGUAUUAUAUCAUUUAAAUAUGUCAGAAAUUUACUUUAACAGAGAUUUAUUAAAGAAACUAAAUGAUCACAA